AUGGAUGCUCAGGCACUCGCGACAGUUCUAAGAGAGUUCUCAUUAGCAAAUCAAGAAUUUUUUGAGAAAAUAUUAAACAAAAAUGAAGAAGUAUUGAGAAGCGUGAUUAACGGGAAAAAAUCCGCUAAUUCAACUCCAACCUUUCGACGGUUUAAGAAAAAUGUUGAAAAGUGGUCGAUAUAUAUUCAGCAGAUGCAUCAACAUUUUGUGGCACAUCAAGUGAAAGACGAUGUAUUAAAACGCGCAUGUUUCCUUUCGUGGAUAGGUACAGAGACAUUUGAACUUAUUCAAAAGUUAUGUGACAAUAAUAUAGAGAAUAAGUCUUUUGGUGAACUACUAGCAAAAUUGGAUAAUCAUUUUGCGGAAAAACAGCAUAUAUUAGCAGCACGUUUUAAAUUUCAUUUAAUACGAAUGAAAGCAAGUCAAUCAUAUGCUGAGUGGGUGGCAGAACUGCGUGGUGCGGCUAAAGAGUGCAUGUUCCUAUGUACUAGUGAAACUUGCCAGCAAUCGUUUAUAGAUAAUUGUAUACGAGAUAUGGUUGUGAUACACACACCACACGAUAAAGUCUGUAGUGCCGCGUUGCAGAAAACAAACCCAUCGCUAGAGGAAGUACUGCAGAUAGCAGCAAUAUAUGAAGCAACGGUUAAAACUUGUAACGAAAUUAGAGGUGAAGAAAUCAGUCAAACAGUUAAUGAAGUUAAUCACAGUUCAAGUAAGAAAGUUAAACAGAAUCGAAGUAAUAAUAAGUCCCGAAAUUCAGUGAAGGGAGGACAAUCGUGUCCAGCUUGUGGGAAAGCACAUCAAAGAAAUCAAUGUUAUCAUUACAAGAACAAAACAAAGUGUCGGUUAUGUACAAAGCAAGGUCAUAUUGCUGCAGUUUGUCAAUCAGCAGUGACAGGUAUUCAGCAGAAUUCUAAUUUUAAGGUUCGAAGACAGGAACAAAAUAGAGCAAGAGAUGUAUAUUUUAUGAGUGAUGUUUCAUUUGAGUCAAUUAAUGCGAAUGAAACAACGGAAGUUAAAUCAGUUGAUUCGCAACUUAGUUCAUCUAAAAUUUUCGUUGACCUCAAUAUAAAUAACGAAAUUUUAACAUUUCAAGUAGAUACUGGUGCAACAUGUUCCUUAAUUGGUUUGGCGGCAUAUAAACAACUGGGUAGACCUAGUUGUGGGCCUACGAAUAAAGUUCUGAGAGCGUAUGGAGGAGCUGUUAUUUUUCUUAAGGGUUCUCUCAGAGUGAAUGUCAAGUAUGGAAAUAUUACUCGAAGCCUUGAGAUACUUGUAGUUAACGAUGAAUAUGUUACUAACAUACUGGGAUUGGAUUUGUUUACAGUAUUAAAUUUCAAACUGCAGUUACCUGUUAUUGAAUGUUAUGCAAAUAAUCCUUGUGACAGUCAACAAAGUUUAACCGCAUCUCUACAUGAACUCAGAUGUCAACAUGCUAACAUUUUUUCUUCGAAAUUGGGGCGUUGUACGUUGUUCAAAGCUGAAAUCAGAUUGAAGUCAGAUGCUAAGCCUAAAUUCUUUAAACCAUACAACCUGCCGUUUGCGAAAAGAGAAGACGUUCGCAUCGAAAUUGAUCGGUUGGUAAAUAUUGGAGUUUUGAAAGCUAUCAGAAGCAGCGUCUGGGCCGCUCCUAUAGUUGUAGUGUCAAAGCCAAAUGGAAAAUUACGUAUUUGUGCAGAUUUCAGAAUUGGUGUGAACUCGCAAAUUGAGAUUGACAGGUAUCCAAUUCCUAGAGUUGAGGAACUUUUUUAUAAACUUCAAGGAGGACAAUUUUUCACAAAAAUUGAUCUUAGUGAAGCGUACUUGCAAGUAGAAUUGUCUGACGCAACAAAAGAACUUCUAGUCAUUAAUACGCCAUUUGGUUUGUUCCAGUUUCAACGAUUGCCAUUCGGUAUUGCCAGUGCUCCUGGCAUAUUUCAACGUCUUAUGGAAGAAGUAACCGCUGGAAUACCGAACUGUGCAGUCUAUUUAGAUGAUAUAAUCGUAACAGGUCGAAAUAAUAAAGAACAUUUGAAUAAUGUUUUUAAAAUUUUUCAACGUUUGGAAGAAUACGGCUUGACAUGUAAAAGCGAAAAAUGUAGUUUUGCGCAAGAGCAGGUAGAUUAUGUUGGACACGUAAUCAAUGUGAAUGGAUUAAUGCCCACAGGAAAACGUGUAGAGGCAAUCAAAUUAAUGCCGCGUCCUCGUAAUAUUCAAGAAGUUGAAGCUUUCAUUGGAAAAGUUAAUUAUUAUAACAAAUUCAUUAAACAGUUUUCCAUAUUAGCUGCUCCUUUAAAUGAACUAAGGAAAAAGAAUGCUGUGUUUAAAUGGACAGCAUAUCAUGAAGAUGCUUUUCAAGCAUUGAAGAAUGCUAUGAUCAAAGCUACGGAACUCGUUCAUUAUGAUGAUAAGAAGCCUAUAGUGUUAGCAGUAGAUGCAUCUAAGUAUGGAAUCGGCGCAGUAAUUUCACAUCGUUAUGCUGAUGGUUCAGAGAAGCCAAUCGCGUAUGCUUCAAAAAAAUUAAACAGCAGCCAAGAACGCUAUUCUCAAAUCGAAAAAGAGGCAUUAGCAAUAAUUUAUGGAGUGACCAAGUUUCAUCAAUAUCUUUAUGGAAGACGUUUUGAAUUAAUAACUGAUCAUCAAGCGUUGACAACACUGUUUAAUCCGAAUAGAAAGUUGCCAGUGAUGGCGUUGCAUCGUUUACAGCGUUGGGCUAUUGUACUUCAAGCAUAUGAAUACAUUAUACGGUUCAAAAGUUCAUCUCAGAAUGCUAACGCUGAUGCUCUUUCCAGAUUGCCGUGUGGGGAUGACAUACAAUUUGAUAGAAAGGAAGUUGUGAUGUUAGAUGAUGUCGAUACUGUUUAUCAAAAUGCUGUGGAUUAUCUUCCAGUAAAUGCAACAUUAGUAAAGGAUAUGACUGCUAAUGACAACACUCUUCAACGUGUCAGCAGAUAUGUACAAGAUGGCUGGCCUGAACAAUUGCCGAAAUCUGAAGGUAGUAUCAAACCGUACUUUAAUCGCAGAUUUUGCUUAUCAUUUCAGAAUGGAGUGUUACUUCUUCAGGCUGAAUAUACUAGAGUGGUGCUACCGAAAGCACUGCAAUCUCAAGUAUUAAAUUUGUUACACGAGGGUCAUUGGGGUAAAGGUCGUAUGAAACAGAUGGCAAGACGAUAUGUGUGGUUUCCUCUUAUUGAUAAAGCCAUAGAACGUAUUCAUGAUGAUUGUUCAUCUUGUCAACAAGGUGCAAGUCAACCAAAGCGAGAAUUUUCUGCAUGGCCAGAACCUAGUAGGCCGUGGGAAAGAGUUCAUUUGGAUUUCGCGGGUCCAUUCUUUAAACGUAUGUGGCUCAUAGUUGUGGAUGCAUAUUCAAAAUUUCCAUAUAUUGUGGAACUAUCAACAAUAACAGCUGUAACAACAGUUGGAGCUCUACAAAAAAUUUUUUCUAUCGAAGGUCUUCCGUGCACUAUCGUGACAGACAACGGAACACAAUUCACGUCCAAUGAAUUUCAAAAGUUUUGUGAAAUGAACACAAUUCAGCACCUCACGUCUGCUCCUUUUCAUCCGGCUUCGAAUGGGUUAGCGGAAAGACAUGUGAGAACUUUUAAGGAAGCAGUAACAAAAAUUAUGAAAGAGGAACAACAUAUUGACAAAGCGUUGUAUAAAUAUCUUACAACGUAUGGAACUACUCCAAACUUAGCAACUGAUAAAUCGCCAGCAGAGUUGUUACAUGGGCGGCAACCAAGAACCAUUUUAUCGGCGUUGUUCCCGAAAGUUAUGGAGACUAUGAAAACUCAAAAUAGAAAUAAAUUCGGAGUUGGAGAGAAAGUGUUAGCUCGUAAUUAUUCGGGAUCGCAUAAAUGGAUCAGAGGCGUGAUACAGAAAUUGCUGGGAAAUAAAAUGUAUUUUAUUCAAACUGAAAAUGGUUACAUAAAACGACAUCAAAAUCAAAUACGUCGAAAUUUAUCGUCAUCGCAUUCAAAUCAGCUUAGGGCAGAUAAUAUUGAUAUUGAUUUAGAUUUCAGUAUUCGGACACCACCGGUUGAGGAAACAACAAUUACUACUGGAUUCGACCCGGAACUUAGUCAAACAGAGAAAGACGACAAAAUGGGGACCGAUGAAACAAUAAUCACUACUGGAUCUGACUUGAAACAAAAUCAAAGAGAGAAAGACGACAAAGCGGAGUCCGACGACAGAUAUGGGUCCACACACACUGAUCAGUUGCCAGUUCAAUUAAGACGGUCGGUUAGAAGGAGAAGACAACCUGUUCGUUUUAAUCUAGAAUAA